CCUUCUUCUGCUUUUGAAAAACUUGAAAGUUGAAUCAUCAUCAAUGGCUUCCAACACAAUCUGCCUUCCAGUUCUGUCCAUACUCUUCCUGCUGUUUGCUCUCUCUGAAGCGAGAGAAGUCACGGUCGAUGGUUGGACAGUCGAAAACUCCGAUCAUUUGACCAAGUGGACUCACAGACACCAUUUCACCACCGGCGAUGUUCUCAUAUGGAAAACAAGCACACCCCUCGGUUUCGAGCCUCCAGUCCUGGAAGUGACAAAGGAGGCGUAUGAGAGCUGUGAAAUAUCAAACCCACUCAAAGCAAAUGUGACGGAGGUGACUUUGAACCCUGCUGGGCUGUUUUACUUUAUUAGCGGCGUUAAGGAGCUUUGUGACAAGGGAUUGAAGAUAACUGUGAAGGUUCAUGGUGCUCGUAAACAUUAUGGGGCUCCUACUCCGGCACCGGCUCUAGCUCCGGAGACGAAUAAUAUGGCGGCAGAGCCAGCUGCACCACCAACCAGUGCUGCACCGCCUGGAUUAAUGGGGGGUGGGUUUAUGGGUUUUGUUGCGAUUGGGGUGGCAGGUGUAGUGGGGAUGGCUCUGAAUGUUUGAUCUGGAAAUUGAGAGGAAGAGAGCAAUGUAAACUUGGUUUCAUUAGUGAGUUUUA